CCUAGAUGCGCUCGCGUGGGAGUCUCUCAGCUGUUUUACUGCUGCUGCGUGUCCCACUAAAAAGCUACUGCGAACUUUAUACCUUUUGCUCGUGUGCAAGCUUCGAUAGUCGAGUAAAAAUAUUUCAAGACCUAGUCUUCGUACGAGCGUGUCCUAGGUAGGAGUUCUCUGAUUUUUUUCUAAUUUGUUUAUCGUGCGCUAAAAAGCAAUUGCGUGUUAACCUUGAAACGCGAUUGUUCUCGAGCAGAAGCGUUGAAACUGUGCCAUACAUUGUUAUUAUUAGCUGCGACGAUGGCCGAAUAAACGAACGCGUCUUCAAAAGUCAUCCGCGCCGCCGAGUUUUUGACUCGCGAAGAUUUUUUUUAUCUGUGAAAAGUUAUACUAUAUCUGUGUCGUCAAAAGUACGUAGGCUAUGAGCUCUAACUGUGCUGAAGUUUGCUGCAAUUUCAUAGCUGGAACGUUCGAAUGCGAAGUUUUAUGAUGUAAAUAGAAAAAAAUAUAUAUCGAAAAUUUGAAAGCUCGAGCUUUCAAUGAUACUUGCACCUACACAUACGCAAACACAUACACACCUAGUAAUUUUAUGUCAAGUCCAAUUCUCAUGACUUGAUUAUUAAUUUUUUUUAAAUAGCUAAAUUUACAAGUAAUAAAAGUAACUUAACACGUAACUCUAAGAUGAUUCAAAUUUGGCGUAAUGCUAAAUUAAACGAACUUCUCAAAUCGACUGGUUUAGUGCUUAUAAGAAUCAAUAAACGUUCACUCUCGAGUGACAUUGCGAAUGGUAACAACAGCAUCUUUUUGAAGUUGAGCGUGACUCGAGGCGUGCCGAGCAGCAGCAAUGACCUCAAAGAGGCAUUAUGCGAAAAAAUCCCGGUGCAUCACGACCUGCUGCGGAAGUUUCAGCAGCUGCACGGGCUCGACGUCGUCAGCCAGAUCACCGUCAACGACAUUUAUCGGGGUCUCGACGGUGUCAAUGCCCUCAUCAGAGAAACUUCCGAAAUGGAUACCCAAAAUGGGAUCAAAUAUCGAGGUUUGUCGAUCCCGGAGAUUUUCGACUUGUUGCCUCGCAAAGGAAAGUCGCCCAGUCCCGAGGCGGUGUUCUGGCUACUGCUGACCGGCGACGUGCCGACUCAAGAGCAAACGGAGUCUCUGAUAAACGACUGGACCCAGCGUCGGGACCAGAGACGCGACUGGUGGUUCUCGGAGUCGAGCGGCAAUUUAGGCGGCGUCGUGGGCAACGUGCUGAAAUCGCUACCACCCAGUGUGCCUCCGGUCGGUAGGCUGGCCAUCGCCCUCACGGCCCUCGACGCGGACACGCGCUACAAAAAAGCCGUCCAGAGCGGAGCUAUGAGCUACACCUAUUGGGAGCACGUCUACGAGGACAGUAUGGAGCUGUUGGCGUCGUUACCGGCCAUCGUGGCCCUCGUCAGUGCCUGCGAGUCGUCCCGACCUCAGAUACCGCUGACCCUCGAGAAGUACGAUUGGGCCGAGUUUUUCCUCGACUGCCUGCGCACCACCGGCGACACCAACAACAACAACUUCACCGACGCUCAAAAGCAGAGUCUAACCGAUUUUCUCCGACUUUACAUCGCCGUCAAUGCCGACGACGACGGGGGAAUACCCGGGGCGCACGUGGCCCAAAUAAUGGGAUCGAGUCAGUUCGACGCGAGCCGAGCCCUCGCCGCGGCCGUUCUCGCCUACGCCAACGAGCCGACCAGCGGCACGCUCCAUCAGUACAUGGACUUUCUCGUGCAGCUGCAGAACGCCGUCGGCCGACAGCCCAAGAACGACAUCCUGCAGAAUUUCGUGAGUACCCUGGUGAAUCGACGCUAUCAGAUCGCCGGCCACAAAGUCGCUCAGUUCGAGGACACUCGCUACACGGUGCUGAGGGACUACGUCAAGCGCCACGUGCCCGAUGAUCCCGAGAUCAAGUUGUCGCAGGAAGUCUCAAACAUUUACACGGAACAAGUGAAGCAAAGGAGAAACCGAACGAUAGUCGCCGAGCAGAAUGCCAUCGCUGCUCCACUCUUCCAGUUUUACGGUCUCAAGGACAUGAAUUACAAUCAACUGAUGCUGUGCAUGUCCCGAGCUCUGGGCAUCGUCGCGCAGAUGAUCUGGACCUCGGCGCUGAACGCGCCCGUCGAGCGGCCACGGGCAAAGAGCUCGCACAGCUACUUCAACGAUUUCCGCCUCGAUCAGCCCCAUCGGCAGAGGCGUGGAAAACCGAGCGGCAAGCACAAGAAUCCUCCAAGUAACUCCGCACCCAAAGGACUGUGAUAAUCUAUAAAGUAUAGAGAAUGAUAUCGAUUUGUAAGCGAGCACCUGUGACUCUUUGCUCAUUUCCUCUCGCAAUAAACUCGAAACUUGUGUUGUAAAUUAUUGAAACCAAAGAAAUCGAUGUAAAUUACAAAAAAUGUAUAAAAAUAUCUAUGACGGUGUAAGUGUGAUAAUAAAGAUGUGUACAUUUUGUAUCAUA